UCGGGUGCCCGCGCCGAGCGCACGCACGCCCUGUUACUGUCAAUUCGAAUCGUGCUUAAAUUCUAUAACUUUGUGUAAACUAAUCUUGGUGUGUAUCCACUUGUCACCCUUUGAUCAUUUGCAAGUUUUAAGUGAACCGAGUGAUUGGUGAAAACUUUUGUGGAAUGAAAUGCUGAUAAACAGAUUUUAUUGGCUUGUACAACUUAUGAUGGACACCAUUGGAACAAUUUAUUAAUUGUGGUUUUCUAAAAGGUCCACCAUGUACGGGACGUCCACGGCGUCGACGACGUCGGGCUCCCGCGGGGCGAGCGUCGCCGUGGACCGGCGCGUGCGCGUGGUGCGCCUGCUGCGCGCGCGCCGCGCCGCGCCCGCCUUCGGAUUCUCGCUGCGCGGGGGCCGGGAGAACGCCACGGGCUUCUUCGUCUCCAAAGUUGAAUUCAACUCUGAAGCUCAUCUGCAGGGACUCAAGGUGGGCGACCAACUGGUGAGCGUGAACGGAUACCGAGUGGACGACGCCGUGCACGGCGAGCUGGUCCACUACCUCGCGUCACAGUCACGCCUCAAGAUCAAAGUCAGACAUGUGGGAAUGCUGCCAAUAAAAGACAAAGCCCACGAAUCGCUCUCGUGGCAGUACGUGUCAGACCGCGCGUCGCUGGGCUCCGACGUGUCGUCGUCGCCGACACUGUGCCACGACACGGAGCGCAUGGCCGACCUGCGACUGUCCAUCCUGGUUCCGCCUAGGGCCAAACUGGGUUGCGGGAUCUGCAAGGGGCCCGAGUGGAAGCCUGGCAUCUUCGUGCAGUUCGUGCGGGAGAACGGCAUCGCGCGAGAGGCGGGCUUGAGGCCGGGGGACCAGAUACUGGCGUGCAAUGGACAGGAUUUUGCCAACGUUUCUUUUAAUGAUGCUAUAUCAGCCAUGAAAGCAUCGGGCCGCCUGGAACUGCUUAUACGCGAAGGUGCCGGCACUGAGCUGGUGUCCCCGGAAAGUUCCGGCUACAACAGUUCAGCCUCAUCAGCCGCAGGGGAGCGGAGUCCCGCGCCGGUCGCUCACGUCCCCCUGGCUCCUCCGGCGGCGUUGAGAAGGCGGCUCGCCAGUGUGGCGGAAGAGGCUGCUGAUCGCGCUGAUAGACUGAAUAUGAAUCGACUGAAGCGUCGGACAUGGGAUAGUUUAGAUUUCGACUGGAAGAACAUGGACAUUCACAACUUUGACGCACCAUCAGACAUAGAACCUGAUUACGAUUGCCCUAGUAUACCAAAUAACCCCCACACAUACGAAAAUAAAAGUAAUAUUAGGAAAAAUAAUAUCAAUAAGAAAGAAAUAAUUAGCAGCCCAUCAAAUAGAACUAUAAUUAAUUUAACUGAAGACGGUGCCACGAUACAAUGUAGUUACGACAAUCAAUCUCCUAGAAAGAGUACAUUUUCUGCUAAUCAAUCGAAUAGGGACAAUGACAAAAAAACCAUAGUGGUCGAGGUGCACCACACGAGCGCUCCGGCUUGUGGCAAACCGCAUUGCAACUACCCGCCUCCAAUGAAGAAAGACCUAAGCUCCGAUACUGCAAGCAUUUCUAGUUGCGGGACGCUAUCCAGUGCUAUCGCGGAAGAGAUUCAGAAGCGAAAAUUGAACAAGAAGAACUCGAAUCCAGAGAACAGCCUACCUUUCAGUCUUAUAAAGAAGGCGAGCUUACCGGUACCUACCGACGACAAGAAGAAGCAGCACGAUGCUCUGAUGGACGAGUUCAAGAAGGUCCACCGGAAGAUGUUCUCGGGGCUGGAUCCCGGCGAAGAACUGAAGACUGAAAACAACAAUGUUGAAACUUUGGAUCGCCAGCAAACGCUACCGCUGAGGAAGGAAGAAGCUCAGUCGGAAAUCUUUACCAACGGGCACCAGCAGGCGAAACGAGAAGUGACCAACGGGCAUACGCAGCAAAUACGUGAAACUUUCAACGGGCACGUUCAACAAACACGCGAUACACCAAACGGGCAUGUAAGCGAAGCUUUGAACGGGCACAUUUUACAAAAACGCGAAGACAUAAAUGGGUUCCAGCAAAAGCGGGAAAUCGCAAAUGGACAAUCGCAUUCUAAUAAGCAUAUACAGCAAAGACGAGAAGCCACGGACAACCCUCCUCCACCACCACCGAUGCCAGCGGUGAAUGGUCAACAGAACGGAGAACAUAAAAAACUAGACAUAUUGAAAUCGAUUCCAAAAACACUUAACACAGAUCUAGUUAACUCUUUGAACCAAAGAAAUGGUUCGUUAGCACGAACGCCUACGCCCGACUACAAUAACAAGACAGAUUUUAAGACACAAUUUAAACUAAAGAGCGUGAAAGAUGACAAGGCCGAGCUGGACUCGCUAGAGUCGUAUACAUUAAAGAAUCCCGCUAACGUGCAACCAAAGCCGCCAUCGAAUUAUUUUGUGAAAGCGCCAGUUGGGACAGCGACGAUGAAGAAACACCUGAGACCGGUGUCUGUCACUAUAGGGGAGUACGCUGGAGGCGGAAACAGCCGGCGUGAACCUUCAAAACUGGAGUUCCUCAGUGGUGACAAACUUGAUGGGCCUUUGCCGGCAGACGAUGAUGAACAUAUUUCCAAUAGACUUCAGUCGGAGUUAGCGCUUACACUGUCUAGGUCCAAUUUACGCAAAAAGACUGACGCAUUGGAUUAUCAGAUAGGUCCAGAUAUCCAGAGAGUAGAUAACAACGAAGAUAGUGAUUGGUCUAUUGACAAAAAAUUUCACGCCAGAUAUGGAAACAAUCUAUUGCCUCUACCACCGAGCAUAACAAUACCCAAAGUAUCGAAAGUAAAGCAUUGAGAGGCGUUUCAAAUAUCUUCAAAUUUUGUUAUUGCGUCAUUAUCCAUUGUCUUUUACACAAAGAUGAUUAUUUAUAUGCCGACGCAGGUCGAUGAUUUGAAGAUCACUGUGAUUUGUGAUUACAAUUAGUUAAAUUAGUGUGUUUUAUGUCGCAUACUUUAAAUUAAGAAAAUAUUUUUAUAAGGGUAUCUUAAUAUAAUAUGUAAUUAAAAUAAUAUGUUUUCAAUACUUGAAAAUUGAAUUUAAUAAUUGAAAAGUCCCGAAUAAGAAAUUGCCAUUAACGGUUUUAAAAAAGCGUUUUAAAUAAAUCAAGUUAAUUUUAUUUAUUGCUGCUUUAGAAUAUACAUCGGCACUGAACAGUGCAUUGCCAAAGUUAUUCUCAUAAUUGUUGGAAGUCAAGUUGAAACUUUACUGUGGAUAUAGCUUAGGUACAGUCAAUGUUAUAAAGCCCGGCCAAAAAUAUAUGAUCAUAUUGAUCAUUGUCAAGAGGGCGCUGUUAUUCUUAUGUAUUGGGUGACAGUUCAGUUUAGUAUGAAAAAUGUAGUUCAAAUUAAAUUGCGCAAUAUGGCGCGUGAUCAUAUAUUACUGGUCAGACUUUAAAUAUGUUGUCACCGUACGUACAUCAAUAGAAUAUCAUCAUAUUCAUAAAAGUUAGGAACCUCUUACGAAUAUCUGAUAAAUUUUGUCUCUUUCUAACUAACAGAUAUGCCAAAAUGAUGGAUAAAGACAAACGAUUAUCAACGGUUUGUUAGAUUAGUACCUUAGUAGACAGACGUUUAUGUAUAAUGCCAUAACAACAUACAUUGUAUAUCCUUGACUGUACCUACUCGUUUACAGAUGCUGCUGAUAGGACCAUGUCGUAAAAGGAGAAAAAAUAUAAAUUUAAAUAAACAAUAAAGUAGGCAUAACCUAUGCCUACUGUAUUUGACAUUUAAUUAAAAUUUCAUCACACUUGCUCGACAAAGCUCUUAUUUCAUGCAGGUAUACUGAAGGACAAACGCAUGUAUUGUUCCCACGGGAGUUAUGGAUUGAGAAAAAAGCUAUAACACCCGAGGGAGUUAUAGCUUUUUUUAUUGUGUCACUAAUUCUUACGAAUGAAAAAUAAAUGAGUUUCACUUUUAAAAUACGGCCGUUUAUUAUUUAUUUUUAUUGUUUAUGUUAAACGAUAUUUAAUUUGAUUCAUUUAGUAGCCAUAUAACUCAUAUAAGUAAAAUAUUUUUUAAAAAUUUUCAAUCGUAGCUGAAUGCCGGAUAGGGUUGUGCCUUCGAUGCCUAAACUGUCAAAGAAUGACAAUAUGGCGGAUUAAGAAUAAUUUCGCUUAAAAUUAAGUUUUUUCUUCGCAAGUGUGAUGUACGUAACUCCGGGGGUAAGAAUAUUUCAAACUCGAGUCUUUAAUGCACUCCAGCCUGUGGAUUUUCACAGUGUCCUAUUCUAGGUUUGUAUUAAUUGCAUUGCGACGAGGCAGCUACGAACACGUGUCACUAUCAGCUCAACGAGGGGGGGCGGGUUUAGGGUCGGCAACGCGCAUGUAACUCCUCUGGAGUUGCAGGCGUACAUAGGCUACGGAGACUGCUUACCAUCAGGCGGGCCGUAUGCUUGUUUGCCACCGACGUAGUAUAAAAAAAAAAACUCACUUAAAUACUUCCUUUCCUACCUUCUUUCAAAUUUCAUGUCGAGUGUGGGCAUCUGUAUUAUUAUGAGCUUUUUCAUUUCAAUUGAUAAUAAUAAAUUGCUCAUGAAUGUGCUACUUUUCCGCCCUAGCUAGUUCGAUAAUUAGCACUUUACGUGCCUAUGUCGAAAAUUUAAAGGGCCAUAUGUAGUGUAAAACGCUGUACUUAUACAAUACGCGUACGAAUAUGUGAUUCGCAACUGGUGUCUAUUUAAAAUACUUCCUCCGGUCGUGUUUCAAUAUAUCACCGCUCGUUGCGAAUUUCCUACUUUUCGCACGUGUAUUGUAUAAGUACUGUAAUAUUCAAGAGAUUUAUAGGUCAGUCUUUGGUAUAUUAAGUACGAAAUAGGGCUACCUACUUUCUUAUUGUGAAAUAUUCAGUUAAAACAUAUAAUCCAGCUUAGUUUACGUGUACCUAAGUAUGUGUGUUUAGUUUAAAUUAGGCGUCAAUUGUUGUAGUACGAAUCACUGUCUAAUUUUACGAAUUACCUAAGUCAUAAUCGUAGAUAUUAAUAAUAAAAAAAUAUUUAUGGACAUGUA